ACAUGGUUUUAGGUUACUUAAUUGACUCGAAAAUGUAAGAGAAAGAUUUUUGACAUUACAUACAUUAGCCCUGAACAAGUUAAAACUAACGAAUUUAAAAUUUCAAAUGAAACAGAAAAAUUGGAAAUUAAAUUGGCCGUGCAGAAUUUUAGAUGUCGAGUAUAUUAGAUACAAUGGAGUUUUUGGAAUAUAAAAAGCGGAGAAAUGACGAGUGCAUUUCAUUAUUCCAAUAUCCCAUGUAUAACUCGUGUGUACUACAGAAUGAAUCCUCGUGUAUUCGUCGUUAUAUUAACAUUUAUUUGCGUUCACAAAAACAAAGCCCAGUGCCCGAGCGUUGCACGGUACAGAACUUUUAACGGAUAUUGCAACAACUUAGUACACCCGACCUGGGGUCAGGCAGGAACUAUACAGAGAAGGUUUCAAGACAUAAAUGGCAAUCCAAUGGUAGAUUAUGAAGACGGUGUUGAUCUACCACGAGGUGGAAUGCCAAGUAGACUACCCAGUCCCAGACUGGUCAGUAAUACCAUCAGUAAGGAAUCGGAUGGACCUGCCAACCAAUCCGAUAGUACAAGAUCUGGACAGACAAUGGCGUUUGGUCAGCUGAUGGCUCACGAUUUUAUCAAAACUAAAGUUAUUUCUGGUUUUGAUUGUUGUGAUGCAAGUAAUUCAAACUACAACGACACUGGAGUAUGUUUUAAUUUUGAAAUUCCAACCAACGAUACACGUUUUACACCUGGAUGUAAGAGUUUUAUCAGAGCACCAAAGGCAACAUCCGGUUCAAAUCUUCCAGCAUACAGAGAAAAUCUGAAUUUGAUAACUUCAUUUAUUGAUGCUGGAUUUCUGUAUGGUAGUUCGGAUGAAGAAGUAGAAGCUUUACGUGAAAAUGGCACAUAUCUAAUGAAAACAGGAACAAACAAUAACAUACCAUUGAUGACUGGAGGUGGAUGUGUUCAAUUCCACGGGCAAUGUCCCUUAGCAGGUGAAAAUAGAAUUGCAGAAGCUCCUAAUCUAGGACUUAACCAUUUGGUAUGGAUCAGGGAACACAAUCGUAUAGCCACCAUCCUAGAUAACAUUACAGAUGUUAAUGCUACAAUAUCAUACAUAGAAAAUGGAAAGUUCUACCAAGAGACAAGAGAAGACAUCAUUUUCCAAGAAACAAGGAGAAUCAUAAUAGCCAUGGUUCAACAUAUAACAUACAAUCAUUAUUUACCUACAGUACUUGAUCAGAGCACAAUGUCAGCUUAUAAUCUCUACUCCAAAACAACAGGAUAUGAUCAAACAUACGACUCUGAAACGGAUGUUUCUAUAAGAAACGCAUUCGGAACAGCCGCGUUUCGUUUUGGACAUUCGCAAAUUAUGAAUAACUUGUCAUUCUUACAUGAUGAUUACGUCACAUUGAACGUUAACUCACUUAAAGACAAUUUUAAAAAUCCACAAAUUUAUCUUACAAAUAAUGGAGAAAAUAUCCAAAACUUUGCAAGAUGGUUGACCUUUCAUCCUGCUGAUCUGAUCGACCCCUUCCUCGUAGACAGUGCACGUGAUGAUUUGUUUGUGCAACCCGAUCCACCCGGAGAUGAUCUGUUUGCAAUCAAUAUACAAAGAGGCAGAGAUCAGGGAACACCUCCAUUUAAUAAGUGGAGGGAGUUUUGUGGACUUAGUAAUAUGACCUUCAAUGACUUUGGAAAUUCAAGUUCAAAACUAGCAAGUGUAUAUGCAUCACCGGACGACAUCGAUUUAUUUAUUGGCGCAUUAUUAGAGACGGGAACAGACGGAAGCGUUGGUCCAACAUUCGCAUGUAUGAUUGCCAAACAGUUCCAACUAAUGAAGAAAGGGGACAGGUUCUGGUAUGAAAGACCUGAUUCAAAUUUCGCAUUUACAGAAGCUCAAGUAAAUUCAAUCAAAAGAAGUGCAAGUCUUUCAAAAGUAUUUUGUGAAACUAUUGGUCUUCAAAAAAUACAUGGCGAUGUAUUCCGAAAUCCAUCAGACAUAAGCUCGUUAGUAAACUGCACAAAUCUACCUGAUAUUGACUUCUCUCUUUGGAAGAUGGAUGUCUCAGGUUCAACAGAACGAAUUGGACAUGCAAUAGGAAUCUCUCUAGCCGCUAUAUUCCAGUAUAUACUAGUCAGCCUUUAGGCAUGUUAUUAAUUUUGUGAUAUAUAUACGACAAAUGCAGCGGGACGUUAUAACUCAUUUUAAUCUAUCCAUUUAAAACAACAUUCAUGACUCGGAAUGCUAAAGUCAUUAUAGGUGAAAGUAUUAUGAUAGUUUUAUUUGAUUAUGUGUUCCUUAACCAAAAUAUUAAGAAUAGUAACAGAUGUUUUAUUGAUAAAAGUGAACUAAUAUUGGAAAAUAAUCAAUCUUUUAGUCUAAGAACUAUUUAUAAGAUUAGAUAAAUGAAAACCAAACCAACUAACGAUUGCUAUGAAAUUAGAGAAAAAGUUGUUUUUGUAUAAUUCUAUUUUGUAUAUUCAUUCAUGUUAUUUAUAUAUUUUCUGUGAUAUUUUAUAUACAUGACCAUGUGAAGAUCACAUCCGUCCAACUAAUAGGUAUAAGAUAUUUACAUUUUUAAUCUAUUCAAUCUUUACCAUGUGAUAUUAAUAGACUUCUCUAUGGUUUAAUCUAUGAUCCGUCCUUUUCCUAUUAUCUGUGAUAUUCGAAGGCCUUUUCAUAUUUGUUUGAUUAUUUAUAUUACUUGUCCUUCGUCUGUCACAAUUUUGUAUCUGAUAUAUUAUAGUAAUUUUUAGUUCUAACAAUGAAUAUCAAUGACUUUUUAGUAGCGAUUCAUUAUUUACAAGAUAAUUUAUUUCCAAAAGAAAAGUUUUUGAGAAAACUUCAAUCAGUGAUCUUGUUAGUGUUCUUUGAAAUAUGUUUUAUAUUUUUAUGUAUCAAAGUCUUAAUUAGUAAAAACUAUGUGAAAAGAUACAAUUACAAAAUUUUCACAUAGUAAAGUGAGACAAUCUUUAGAACUAUGAACGUGCCAUAUAAUAAGUGAUAUUCAGACAUACUGUAAAGAUUGGUAGCUUUUUUACAUAAUAGAAUUAUUUGAGUUUUAAAUAGUGAUGCGUUUUUACCCCUACAAUUGUUGGGGUCAUCAUGUUUGUCAAGUUUAUUCGUACGCACGUUCGUAAGUCCGUCCAGUGCCGGGUUGAAGGUUUUUGUGUGUUAAGGAAGUAAACCUUGAAGGUGUAGUAACAUCAACUUUAAACAGACGGUAUUUUAGAAACUGAGGUUUCAUCUCCCUCAGGCAAAGUUGACCUUAGAUGGAUUUGGCUAUUUGUUUAGUUACUUUUUGGUUAUAUAGCUCUUCAACUGUUUAGGUUCUUAUACAUCCUUGGCUUUCAAAUAUUCGGCUUUGAGCGUUCCUGAUGAAGGUAAAUCCAGAAAGCGCUUCGGACGCAUGAAAAUUUAUAACUUGUUGUUUUCAUUUUUUAAGUUGAACUUUGUUAACUAUAGGUCUAACUGGGGUAAAUAACAGGAAAAUGUAUAAGGGCGAGCAGUGCUUGGUUUAAUAUGCACACACAAUUUUGUCUUUAUUAUGUUAACGAUGAUUUUCCAAUAAAGCCAUGAAAUGAAAAGAAAGUAUAAAUCCGAAAAUAUUCCGAAUCAAUACAUAUAUUUAAUCUGUAUCUACCACAUGAUAAUCGACGUUAAUUGAGAAAUAUCUCCAUCAUAUUUAUAAUACAUUUAUUUCAUGUGUAAAAUAUAUAGAUUUAUUUUUCCAAAAAGGUCUAUAAGAUUAUUUUUUAUGUACAGUUUCAGUUAUAUGAAAUAAAUGCAGGUAUUUAUCAAUUAGUAUGGAAUGCAAAUCAUGUUUAUAGUAUUUUUGUUAGAUCAUGACAAACACAGUUGAAAUAGGCAGUAUAUUACGUUUGAUCUAUUACACAUAAAGAUGCAUUUGAUGUUAACUUUUCUUCUUGUUGUUUACGCUGUAAAGACAAACAUACAUUUGCACUCGUACCACAUCUUCGCAUUUAUAUGUAUGUUAAUUUUUAUUUAUAAUGAAUAUUUUCAUUAAUAUUGAUUUUGACUCAGACACGUGUUUGUUUGCCAUUUUGUACCAUCCAUUGUAAGAGUGAGCGAAACUUUUCCAUGUCCCUUGUGUCCACCUUUUGGAGCUGGUAUGGUUUGUUUUCCUUAAAAAACAAAGACUUAAACAACAACUUGGUAAAAUAAGGAAGUCUUUUGUGUGUUUUCAAUGUUAUAAAAAUGCAUUUGGAAAUUGAGUGGGCUUCAAAUCAUAUGCAGGUGGAAAAUAGCCUGCACUAUAUUGUACAAGAAAAAUUCUUCAAUUCAGUCUUGAGUUUUCUUUUUUUUUAUUCAUAGCAGUUUUUCAAGUUUAUACAAUGUAUCAUUUAAUACUGGUACACCUCAAUGAUCAUUUACCAAUAUUUUCAAAUUAAUACUUUGACAUCACAUAAACUUAUUUCACUAUGCAGUCAUUUCGGGGCCUUUUAUAGCUGACUAUGCGGUAUGGGCUUUGCUCAUUGUUGAAGGCCGUACUGUGACGUGACCUAUAGUUGUUAAUUUCUGUGUCAUUUGGUCCCUUGUGGAUAGAUGUCUCAUUGGCAAUCAUACCACAUCUUCUUAUUUUUUUAUUGACUAUGGCAAGUAACACGUUUGAGUUUUUUUUUCUUCAAGUCCUUUUUGGUAUGUAAGGCUUAACAAUUUUGAGAAUGAAGAUAGGGAAGCAAAUCGAAAAAAAAAGAGAAAAAAAAAAAAACAAAGUUUACAUUGCCCUCUACAGACAUGCAUCAACUUUAUCAUGUACACUCAUGACAGACCCUUUGGACAUCCAAGAAUAAAAAUUGUUUGGGAGCUUGAAAUAUGGCGAUAAUAAAGCGGCAACAUCGUCUUAUUGAUUUUGAAAUCAACAACAAAAAUAAAUGCAUGCCUUGCUCUUAUUGUUUUACUUAUUAAUAGAUACACUUUUCUCACUUUGAUAAUUUAUAUUAUUGUAAUAAAUAUGUCUACACAAUGUUAUAUCUUUUAUAUGAAAUUUAUAGUCAUAUACAUAUCUACACAUUGUUAUAUUUUCGUAUAUUUUUAUUAAAUUAAAACAUUUCAUCAA